GGAAAAUCCAGUUCAGGGAAGGGAGAGAGUGAGAGAGCAGUGACUCAAGGGAACGCCACACAGCCACCAGACCUUCUAAGGAGUGCCAAAAAGUCUAAAUAAGACAUGGAUUAGUUCCAAGGAUAGCAAGUGAAUCAUUGACAGAGAACUCCAUCAAAACAUACACACAGCAGAUCAAUGAGGAAAAGUGAGUCAACUUCAUUUACAUCAUCCAUUGCUGACCUGCCCUUUGGACCCAGGCACAGCAGCACCUUUGAGGACAGAGUGCAGGUGGGACAAUGUGACCAGACUGCGGCAGCCCAUUCUCCAUUGCAGCAGUAACAGCCUGAGGAGCUAAGGUACUCCACAGCCCUAGGGAGCUUAGAAUCAGUUUUCUUAAAACCCACGUGCUUCCUUUCCAUCCUCCACCUCCAUCCCCUCCUCCACCAUCAUGCUACUUUUAGUGGCCUGGAAUGGGAGUAAGUGAUCAAACAGGAAAGACAGUGGGGAAAAUGUCUCACAGGUAGGAGAGUGUGUUCCUCUGCGGGAGACUUCCAGAUCCUUAAUCAGCAGGGAUGGAUAAAAGAAGUUGUGAUAUUCAGUAAUGUAUUCAAUAUUGGUUAGAUUGACACUGACCAAUGCGAAGUGUUUGGGAUGGAAGAAACAGCAGGUUGUGUGAACCACUUGAGUGCUCCCUGUCAAAUGUUCAGAAGUAUUCUGUUUAUGCUAUAGAGCCUGAAUGAACUGCCACUUCUCCUCCCCUUAAAACAUUUUCUGUUGAGCAGGAGAGACAUACAUGCACUCUGCCUGGAGAAAAAAGUCAUGGAUCUUUCAGCUCCGCAGAGGAAAAAAGUGGCCAUUAUUGGAGGAGGUUUGGUAAGACACUUUUAUUUUGUUCUCUAAUACUGUGGGUUCACACAUAAUGCUAAGCCAUAGUUUAAGAAAUCAUUCAUAGUGCUAUGUGUGAACUCUCUGCAACAGCUUAACUAUGGUUGUUUACUGCCAGUAAACUAGGAUUUGAAGACUUGGUUUUUGCAGGCUUAGAAAACUUUGUUUGUUUUAGCUGUGGCUUAGUAUUAUGUGCACCCCCAUCAUGCUUCCUUAAACCAUGGCUUGUUUAACUCCAGAUACUCACAAAGAUACAAAGAUACAAGAGCUGCUGGAAAAUAAACCAAAUUUUGGAGAAAUAAGCUACGUAUGUCUACUCAUACUUGUAGUUUGCUGAGCCAGUGUCUUAACUCUGGGCAUAUAGCAAACAUGUAGCUGUAAAACUGGUAUAAGCUACAGUUUCUGAGAUAGCAAAGAAUUGCACCUGGGCUUAAAUUCAGGGUUUUUGCUCUCACAGAUCUUUGCUUAUACAGUUCAUGCUUUAGCACUUGUUUGCUUCCACUUAACUGGGUCUGUGAACUAGCUGACUAGAUUAGUGCUUCUCAAACUGCUUGUAGGAACCUUGAGGUUUUGCAUCAACACCUGUAUCUCCCUACAAUUUGCAGCUUCCAUGGCGUGUCUGAUGCAUUUUAGGAUGUGCCUUCAGUUUACACAGAAGCUGCCUCACAAUUCUCCCACGCUGCCCCGUUCACAGAUGCAGACUUUGGGGAGAGGUGGACAGUGGCUGAAGAGCACAAGUUCACAGAAGUGCAAUGCACAAGAGCUUGAUGAUCCAGCAUUACAUCAGUGUAAAGCCUACAGGCACUAUAUACAUCAGCAGCAGCACCCGCUCACUUUACAGUGUUGCCAAGAGAACCUUUAUGCCAGCAAAAUAUAAGGGCCACUUCAGAAAAGAUCUUUGGAUAUAGGCACAAAUGCUGAUUCUCUUCUUCAAUGAAUAACAGAAAGUCAGCAUGGCUCACAAUGAGCUAUUGGGAAGUGUAUAAGGGUUUUCCUUUUUGUUUAGUGAAUCCUGUGUAGUGGCUCAAUGUCAGGACUACAUUUAUCUGAUAAAUAUAUCUGAUGAUAUAAAAAUGUUUGCAUUCAACACAUAACACACCCCUUCCAUGUACUAUUGUUUGUGGUGCUCUAUUCGACUCUAAAAUUCUUCUAAUGCUUUUCUUGCAGGUGGGUUCUUUAAAUGCUUGCUUCUUUGCAAGAAGGGGCUUUAUAGUGGAAAUGUAUGAAACCAGACCAGGUAUGUACAUUUUGAUAUUUGCAGGGUUGCAGUAGAAAUUAAAUCUUUCCCUAAAUGCAUGCACAUCCCACUGACUUAUGUGGAGGUUGCUUGCUUGUGAGCAUAAGAAGCCUGCUAGAUCUUGUUCUCACAGCCGCCGAUGGAAAGCCAACAGACAUGACUCGAGAGCAAAAGCAUUCUUCCCAGCUGCAACUCCCAACAGCUGAUAUUUAGAGGGCUGCCACAGGAGAACAUUGCCAUGAUGACAAGGAGCCACUGAUGGUGCUAUCCAUGAAUUUGUCUGUUGAUAUUAUCUAUAUUGUCUAUUAGCCUUUUAUUCUAUAUUUUUGCACUGGGAACCUCUGUGUAUACACAACAAAAAUUGUAAGUAGGCAUGAGACUCCAAAAAAUAAUCCAGAACAACUCAGAACAAUAAUAAUCCAAAAACACUUCAAUAAAUACCCAUCUACUAGGGUUGACAUAUGUCCUCUUUUUCCAGGACACGGACUCUUUUUCAUGGGUAGAGUCAUCAUAGCGAUCCAUAGUUAAAAGCAGAAGUCAGCAAAAGUCCUCUUUUUUGCUCUUCAAAAUAUGGCAAGCCUGGCUGUUAUGUUGUUGUCGUAUGUUUAAUUACAUUUAAAACGCACACUGCAGAAACAGCUUUUUGAAAACUACAUUUUUUACUCCCCUUGAGACAAGACAAUCUUUAGAUAGUUCUAGGUGGGUGUUUUCUGUCAUUGUAUAAGACAAGGGCCGCACAAUACAUUUUGGCACCUGAGGCGAAUCACAAAAUGGCUCCCUCCUCCCCCACUAGGUACAAAUCAGGAAUAAAAAGCUACAUCGGGAUCUGCUGCCCCUGUGGAUUCUGCCGCUGAGGUGGUCGCCUUACCUUGCCUCAUGGGUGGGCUAGCUCUUAAAGACUAAGACCUGGCAAACCUCAUCCAAAGGAAAUCCGUCCAGAAAGGGUGCUGCCAUCACCCAGACCUUAUCUCUAGAUUGCCAAAACACAGACAGGAGGUUCUUAUUCUUGCCUUUUAGGCAGUGUUAGAAACUGAGAUAUGAAAGCUAAGGGCACCUUAAACCUAAGUUAUGAGGGCAACAACGGAAUGUCUAGGCAUACUUUUUCAAUAACAAGAACACAAAGCUGAAAAUGAAUGAACUGCAGCUAAAAUAUUAUGUCCAUUUUUCACAUGGUCUAGUCCUUCCCCUGCUCACCCCCCUAAUAUUCUUAAGAGGGUCUCUUCUCCAGUCUUCAGAAAGUAGCUGGAAGUGCGGAGGCAGAAUAAGGUCCUCCUUUCCUUCCACUCUGCAGUUUUACUCUGAAAUCUUAGGCACAGUACUGCACCCAGAGCUCAGAAACUGCUCGCACUAAUGAAAUUCCCUGUUGCAAAACGUGCCUAGAACAAAGGGAGUUUCAAACUCUGCUUUUAGGGCAGGGGUGGUUUCAUACCUGUACAAAAAUCCUGGGCUUUAUCAAAUGCCCAACCCCAUUGCCACAGAACAGACCAGUCACAGGGUCUUUAGCUGCUUUGAAGCCAGGGGCUUGGUUUUCUGGUUUGGUCAGGCAUUUCCCCCUUCCCCCAAAAAAGUCCUGUCUCAUCUGCAUCAAAACCUGGCUGGGGCACAUAUCCCUUGUUGUCUCCCCACUGAUUAAAGUGUUUGAGGAAUCCUUUUGCCGCCUCCUUGUCUGCCAGCGCAGCCUCCCUGGAAAUAUGCAUGUUCCUGAGGUUGAAGUGUGAAGCCAGCUGGUGCUGGCUUUGAAUUCCUUUUUCCAGGCUGCUCACCCUCUGGAAGGUUUGAUGUUUGCACAGAGGGAGAGAGCCUUUUGGUGUCACUGAGGUCCAUCAACAGGGACCCGUUUCUGACUCAGGUUUUCCAGCCACAGGUUUAAUGUCUUCUCAGUCUUGACUAAAGCCUUGGCACACCCCUGGCUGGUCACCUUGGCAGGUAAUGGAGCACUUGAUGCCACAGCCCCAUGGAUCUUCUUUACACACCUUGAUGGCACAGAUGCUGGACUCGUUCAGGCCAUAUCCCUGUGCCAGUGCAGACAGUCAAGCAGUCCAGCACAGCCAGUUUCUCUUGCACUGUGGGAGCACAUUCUGCUUUUUAGCUUUCCCACCUUGAGGAAGAAGCUGUCUUGUGUGUGGGGGCCUUUCACUCAGACUGAACCUCUGCUUGCUUUCAGACCACCUUCCCCUCACUCUCAGAUCACCUUCACUUGCUCUUCAUGUUCAUGCUAGGCCCAUUCACAUUCCCCAAUGCUGACUCUAUCACCAUGCCCAAACACUCUCCCAGAGCACUGCAGUGGCUGAUGGGGUUACCAACUCUUGUUUCCUGCUUGCCUGUCCCUUUCUUGGAGUUUACUUUGGAAUUCUUUGAUUUUUUUCCUAUUUUUCCCAAGCAGCCCCCCAUUUAUUUAUUUUCCAGCCAGCCACAAAAGGUUGUGGUUGCCUGUCAGGCUUCAGGGAAUCAGCUUCCUUCCCCCUUGGCAGUAGAUAAGCAGAACAAAAGAAAAUGAGUCUUCUUACCAGUUAGAAAUUUAACUUACCAGUUUAACUUACCAGUUAAAACUUUAAUGAUCACAGUGAGAGAACAAAGAAUUCAUUUCCUAGGAAUGGCGGUGCUCCCAGUUAAGAGUUCCACCCCUUCCUCCCUGGUCACCCAUGCCACUACUGUGUCUUGUAACCUGAGCUCCUACCCUCUGUGCUUUCUGUUCUGACACUUUCUGAGCUCUCCGUGAUGUUGGGGAAGGGGGGCGGAUACUAUCCAGAGACUGUGAAUCUAUUCACUCUCUCUCUUCUAGUGCUUCUUCUCCUAGCUGUUCCCCAUCCAGUAUUUCCCAGCUUCUGCCUUCUGAACUAUGUCCCUCUGCAAACCACUUUUCCAAAUCUAUACUGUCCUCCUGCUCCUGGGAAGAUUCAGGAGCAGGGGGAGGCUCCUACCAUUCCUCCUCAGUGCAGCCCUUCUCAGCAUGGUCCUCGACAUUGCCUAAGGAAAGUGAGUGUGUACUAUAAUAGACCUAACAGCAGUGGCUGUUGAAGCUUUUUCUAAAUUAAUGUGGCCAUCCAUUGCAACAGUGUCACACACAUGACAAAAGUGCCACCUCGUUUCAUUUCAGAUAUCCGUGGUUCCAAUGCGGCUCGUGGCAGGAGCAUUAAUUUGGCCUUGUCUCACAGGGGACGGCAAGCUCUCAAGGCUGUUGGGCUGGAAAACCAGGUGCCUGUACAUUUAAAGGAUGAAACAAAAUGUAAUGCCUUUGUGUUGGGUUUUUCAGUACUGGACUGCUGGGUAGUUUGAAGGAACCAGGGGUUUUAAAAAGAGCUUAAAACCAGGACUCCCUGAAAGUUUUUUUAAGGAAGACCGCUGAAUUGUUGAGCUUUUCAUAGGAAGCCACCGGGAUUGUUUUUUUUAGUUGUUGAGCAAUACAUCUUUAAAAAAAAAUAUAUCUCCCUCCUUCUAAGGAAAGACUUCAGUCUGGGACAGGGAUGUUUUCAAUGCAAGACAAAAAAUUACUUACGGGAUUCCUUCCAGUUUCAGUCAUACAGCUUAAGUGGACAGAGCCAUUUUCCAGUGAUAAAAUGCAUCCUUUGCAUGCAGAAAGACCCGGGUUAACUCCCUCGUAUCUCCAGGGACAUAGAGAGUAGAGUUGAGGAAUGUGUGUGUGUGUGUGUGUGUGUGUGUGGAGAGAGAGAGAGAGAGAGAGAGAGAGAGAGAGAGAUAAUAGCUGGGGCCCCUGUGAUUUACUGCUUUAUAGGUAACUACCAGCCCUUUUAAUUCUGCCUGGAAAUAGAUAAGCAAAUAGUGCAUUGGAACUAUUUAAGCACAGGAGAGAUGUGUUCUGCGUACACUUGAGAAACCAAUGGUGGUGCAGGGAAGGAGCUUAGGGGGAAAUAUUGUAUCGUUCCCCACACACAAUGUGACUAAGCUUUUGUGGGCCAAGGGCUGCGUUGACCCCUGCUCAACUCUCCAAGGGCCAAAGUGCAACAGAAGUGGCUGUGGAGAGAUCAGCAGGGGGGACACAUUUUGGAAAACCUUUUGGCACCUGAAUGACAUCAGGAGGCCUAUGGAAACAGUCAAUGUAUUAUGUAUUAUAAUAUUGUGUGUGUGUGAAUUUUUGGGUGAGGGGUCUUGCCCCCUUCCAAAAAACCCAAAAAACCCUCUUGGUGGGCCACAUAUGGCCUGUGAGCCAAGGAGUACCAACCUCUGGAGUUCAGAGUCAACCAAUAAAUACAGUGGUACCUCAGGUUAAGAACUUAAUUCGUUCUAGAGGUCCGUUCUUAACCUGAAACUGUUCUUAACCUGAGAUACCACUUUAGCUAAUGGGGCCUCCUGCUGCUGCCAUGCCGCCAGAGAACGAUUUCUGUUCUCAUCCUGAAGCAAAGUUCUUAACCCGAGGUACUAUUUCUGGGUUAGUGGAGUCUGUAACCUGAAGCGUCUGUAACCCGAGGCACCACUGUAUAAGUAAUGGUUUAAAAUCAGUGCUUUUAAAAACCAUAUAAGUAAUGAUUUAAAAAUUAAAGUAAUUUUACACAACUUAAAAUACAACAAAAGCUGCAAAGAUUUAGAACCUUUGGGAACUCCAGCCUGUUGCUUGCUACUUUUAAAAAUGCCCUGUCUCUUAGGAUGCAAAUGUUUCUCUUUUUUGAUUUCAGAUUGUGUCUAAAGGCAUACCUAUGAGAGCAAGGAGAAUUCACACGCUCUCAGGCAAACAAUAUUCAAUUCCAUAUGGGACAAAGAGCCAGGUAUUAUUUUAAAUAUCCCUUUAUAAAAUAGUUUUUAGUCUUUAGUGGUGUCUUUUUGUGUAUAAUACCCAAUUCCCACUAUUCUGUUGAGAGAGUUUUUAUACUGCAAGCACACAUGAGGGGGUGCACUGGGCAUCUUCCUACAUUCCUCUCCCUUCAGAAUCCUUCUCAUUGAAAACUGAGUCACCUGCAAAACAACUCUGGAAAACAGGCCAGCACACCUUUAUUCUCAUGAUGCCCAAACCCAAGCUUAUAGCUUAUUUCUCUCCAAACAAACCAUGAGCGAUAUUCAAGGUUUGUUCUUGGAUUCCUGAUUGUGAUUUGUUUUGGGAAAACAAACCAGAUCAGGAUCUGGAUGUCACGACAAGCCACUUGGGCUACUUUCCCAGUGGCACAGCAACAGCCUGGCUUCUGCUGAUAAUGGUGGGAGAUCAUGUUGGGGUUUCUAUUGCAUGCCAAUCACCGUAAAAACAACAGCUCCUUGAUUGAUCAGUCCCAGCACACUUCCAUUCAGGAGAGCAGUAAAGACACACAACUUCCAGCAUGUGGAGACUCAGAUUGGAGUAGUGAUAAAUCACAGGACCUCCGUAUCCUAGGUUUGUGAUGCAUGGAAAUUUAGGGAAAGGGGAUUCUUGACUUAACUGUGACCAUUCAUAUAUGUUACAAGACAUUCAAACUUAUUCUGUGUCUUAUGUGUUUCCCCCCAUGCAGUACAUUCUCUCUGUAGAUAGAGCAAAUUUAAACAAAGAUCUGCUAACUGGUAAGUAUGAUUCCUGCCCGCCCCCUUUUUCAGUCAUUUUUUACCUCUUAAAGACUCAGAUGAUGGAGACUGUAAUUACUCAAUCAAAAUGAGAUAUAAGAAAGACUGAGCUCAGUGCUGCCCACUGGCUGAGUGUGCAUAUAUUCCUAAUCCAAACCAUGGCUGGUGUGAAUGCACUACUAGCAGGCAGAAACUUAUAGUAAAAUUCAUGGCUGUUUUGCUCCUCCCCGGUUCUGCUGCUGUGCUACCCAAAGCUAAGCCAUGGUUCUAAUUAUAGGCAAAGUGGUUUAGAUAUGCAUUGGCUACGUACAUAUGACAGAUUGUUCUAGAAUCAAUGGAGACAAGAGUACUUGUUUUUUCUAUGUAGCUCAUCCACAAUCUGGAUCAAGGACACCUUACAGUGUGUCCUUGUAAGGACAGAUGUCAGUGGUCUUGGCGAUGGGAUAACAAGAAGGUUAUCAUGACUUCCCUCCUCUUUCACCUGGGGUAGGUGCAGAGAGGGAAAGACAUGGAUAACCUAAUUAAGGGGUAUCAAACCUAAUCAGGUAAACCCACCCACUAUUAUGGAUGGCCGGAUCUAGAAUCAAACUAGAUUGAUUCUAGAUCCGGCCAUUGAUUCUUCCCUGAAAACAAAUACCUCAGAAUACAGCAAAUGUGUUCAAACCACUUUCAUAAUAACUUUAAAUACUGCUACUCUCUUCACUCUCUAUGUGAUUCAAAUGUCACAAGAAGAUUCCCCAGACAGCCCUUUUUCCCGUGGUGACCUCAUGCCCCCUAUAAUCCUGGCAGCCUCCUCCUUUCUUGUCUGUUGCUGAAUGUCUCACUGUCAGGGUAAUGACUCUGUCACCACCAUUGCAUUUGUUCUUGGAUGGCACCUCUUGAAGCCCAACUCUUGAGGAAGCUGGCUUGGCUUCAGACCUCACAUUUAUUAAUUUCAGAAAUUCUGGGGAGAACCUGGUGCCCAAGAAUUUUGGGAGAUCCUUGCCCCCUGCAAAUCCAUAACAGUAUGUUACAUGAACUUUACCUUGCAAAUAGCUGUUCAGCCAUUCAUUAGGAAAAAUGUAAUUUCAUUAUGCAGCUCCCAGUUUGGGUCAUAUUUGUGUUCAAUACAAUAUAUUUAAUACUAUGUCUUUCUACAGCUGCUGAGAAAUAUCCCAAUACUAAAUUAUACUUUGGACACAAACUGCUUCACUGCAAUGUGGAACUGGGAACACUGACCUUUUCAGGGUAAUCAUUAUCUCCAUCCUUCCUGAACACGCUGAUAAUUAAUCAGAACCCAAAGGGCGAGUUGACUCUGUCCAUCCCUCUUGGUCUGGUGGGGUGGUCUGGGGAGAGGCCCACCAGUUGCAAUUGCUCCAGGAGUCAUUAGAUCUUUCAAUACAACAUUGCACCUAAAUAAAUUAACAGUGUAAUACUUUGCAUGUUUAUUUGAAAGUAUGCCUCACUCAGCGGUGGAGGAAGACGCUUGGGAGCCUGGGGCGGUACACCCAGGGGUGGGGCAAGCUGCCCAUAGGGGCGGGGCGAGGGUGGGGCAGUGGGCAAACCGUUUGGGCAGCACAGAGUGUGUGCGCGCCCUAGCCACCGUGUCUCUCCCAGGAGAGAUGUGUGGCUCGGGCACACUGCAGGCCCCGCGGUGAGUGCCUCACAGCAUUUAGUCACCCCCCUCAGUGGUGACACCUGGGGUAGUCCACAUCCACUGCACCCCCCCUUCCUCCUCCCCUGGCCUCACUGUGUUCAAUGGGGCUUAAACCCUAGUAAAUGUGUUUAAUUUUGUAGUCUAAGAGCAUGAUAGUAAUUUUCUUUGAUGAAAUUUUUUUAUCACUAAUACAAUAAUAGCUGCCUCUUUCAUUGAGCUAAUAACCUAGUAGCUUAUACUGGGCAAUGACUUCUAUCUUCAUAAUCAGAAAAUGUCAGUUCCUCCUCAAUAAAUAAUUUCUUAAAAAUAAAGGGCAAAAUUUUGAUUUUUGUGCCCAAACAUUCAAUAGGAUUGUUUACAUGUUACAUUCAACAACUGUAUAAUCUGUGUGUCCAUGUACACAAAUGACUUAACUGUACACUCAGACAGUUUUACAAAUGUAACAUUAUCAAGUGGACAGUCUGUGUACUUGCCUGCACAACUGUUUAACUUUACAAAUCAACUAGUGUAUACUCUUUCACACUAACACUUGUAUAUAUGCAGAGACAGCUUGUUUUUGUAUGAAUAAGCCUAACAAGAGUAGCUUUCUGUGUUACAUUUUUUGAAAUCAGUAUGCACAGGCCUGAGAGGAUGUUUUGAAAAGAUUACAGCUGCUUGAAUAAGUGGAAGAAUAGACUAAACAGCAUAAAAAGCAUAAUCAGUUUUACGUAUACUUGCAUUUUUAAUACUAUUUCAGGGAUCAACUGUUAUUUUUGGAAUACGUAUAUAGGGUUAUUUCCAACCCACAACUUGGAAAGAAAGUUAACCUUCUCUCUCCCUGUUUUCUCAAAUCCAUUUUAGCAAAACUCAGUGCAGAUUUUGUGUGUGAUAUGUUUUAUAAAGUCCAUACUUAAGAAAGAAAAAAAGCAAACCCUUAAGGUCUUAAAAUGUAAUGCUACAAAGACAGGUCCAAGCAAACAGAUGUCAGGUUUGGCCACCACUGAAAAUACUGUAAUAUCAAAUAAAACAUGCAAGAUAGGUUUGAUUAUCAGUUAGUGCAAGGAAGUACAAAUCCUCUGCUGCUGCUGCUGUUCUCCUUUCUAGAUCCGACCAGAUGUCAAAAGAAGUCACUUGUGACCUAAUUGUAGGCUGUGAUGGAGCCUUUUCUACCGUUAGGAAGCAGUUCAUGAGACAGGCACGUUUUGACUACAGCCAAGUAUAUAUUCCUCAUGGAUACAUGGAACUGAAAAUACCCCCAAGGGAUGGAAAUGUAAGUACAGUUGUACCUUGGUUCUCAAAUGCCUUAGUACUCACAUGUUUUGGCUCCUGAACACCGCAAACCCAAAAGUGAGUGUUCUGGUUUGCGGGUGUUUUUUGGAAGCUGAACAUCUGAUGCGGGUCCCACAGCUUCCAAUUGAGUGCAGGAAGCUCCUGCAGCCAAUCUGAAGCCGCGCCUUGGUUUUCGAACGUUUCCGAAGUCGAAUGGACUUCCCGAACAGAUUACAUUCGAGAACCAAGGUACAACUGUAGUGGUAACAGAGUCUCACUAUAGACCUUGCUUUCCAAGUUGACAGCUGCAUAAACAUUGACAAACAUAUUUCUGCCCCUCUCUUGGUCUCCUUCCAGUUUGCAAUGGAACCAAAUUAUCUCCACAUCUGGCCCAGGAAUACAUUCAUGAUGAUUGCACUGCCAAACCUGGUAGGAGAAACAGUUUAAAACUGUCUUUUUAGUAGUAACACAUAAUUUGAAAUGUCGAUGUAAUUUCAGGAUCGUUUAGAUUUAGAUUAGGACUUCUGGAAACUAGAAUAACAACAAAGUACAAACAUUACAGUGACCUAAUGUACCUAGUUGAGAAAGAGACAAUAUUUUCUAUCUACUGCCAGAACGAACAAAUAUCUUACAUGCGGUCUUGUGGGAUAUCUUCAGGAGAAGAAAAGGCUAUGGAGCAAACCCUACACAGUUCCAGAGUGGAGUCGCUGACUGUUGGGUGGUGCCUUGUAUGUUUCCUUCUGGCAACUCCUGCAGCCCAGCGGGUGCCUAAUGUAUUGCUCUGCUUUCUUUUGGGCCCCAUCAGUGAGGCCGAGAGGGGGACCUUGUUGUCUGGGCAGCCUAGGACCUUGACACACACUGCCCAGUGUUGCGCCCCAGGGAGAGCACUUCAGUGCUGCUAAAACAACAGUUUGCCUUCACUUCCAGAGGCCCACUCCAUUGUCUCUUGAGAGGCCAACAGGCUGAACCUAAUGGACACAAAACCCACAUCCAUCUAAAAGUAAUUGCAACCAGUAGGACCUGCAACGUAAUGUUGCAAUGUUUCUCCAUCCUUGAAGAGGAAUGCUCCUGUUGUGGUUUCAGAUCAGAGGUUAAUUUCAGGGUAGGCUGAGGCAUCCCACCACUUUCCAUGGUAUGUCUGGAAUAGAUAUAACAAGUAUCAAUAUGUUUAAAAAACAAAGUCUCUCUCCUUUUCUUACCUUUGUGCUUUCUUCUUCAUGUUGUUCCUCACUGCUGUAACAUUCUCCCCUCAAUUACCUGGACUUAAGGGUGCUUGGAGCCAGGUUAGUUAGAAACCAAGAUAGCAGUUUUAUUUUGGACAUCCAGAUGAAGACUCAAGAUACUCUGCUGUGCUCAAAUGGUUUUUUUUUGGGGGGGGGGGAAUAUUUAUCACAGGUAACUUUUGAAGAAUUUAGAAACAACAUUUUUUGCACAUAUUUUAUUUCCCCCCUCAAACACUGCUUUUCUGUCCAUUUAAACUUCAUUUUAUUUUAUUGUAAUUAUGUUGUUAUUAUGGGAUGAUGAGAGUUGUUCUUCAACCACAACUGGGGUCCCAGGCUAUUAGAAGGUUGCAAUGUGUGUUGAAAACAAUAUAAGACCUGGAAUAAGCUGUGUAAUGUACAUCUGUAUCUUAGACAGAAAUGUAUACUGUGUAUACUAAAAUGCAGAUAGUAUGUUUACCACAGCACUUGAAAACUUUGUUUCCAAAAAUACAUUUUACAUAAAUGAAUCAGUGGAAUUUAAUUUUUUUUGCUGAUAUUUCAGGAAAUUACUUUUAACUUUAAAACUAACCAGUGAUAUCUCUUCUUUCAAGUUCUCACACCCUUUUUAAUUCAUAGGAUAAGUCAUUCACAUGCACUCUCUUCAUGCCUUUUGACGAUUUUGAAAAGCUCACAACAGGAGACCAAGUGCUGGAUUUCUUCAAAAUGUACUUUCCGGACACAAUUCCUCUGAUAGGAAAGUAAGUUUGCCACUUACAGCCACUGAAUGAACACAUGAGAUCUCAGAGUGAAUGGAGUCUUGCAGGCAGCUCGCUCUCAUUAAUGGGAGAGAUAAAAAUGGAGAGGAAUGGCACAAUGGCUCUGGAGGUGAACCAGGAAAAACAAAGUGCUUUCAUAUCUAGUGAAUCAGCAUUAACAGUUAUUAAUGAAUCUGUCUCCUUUAUCUUACCUUUUGAAAUAGGAUGCAAAAGGAAUAUCUUUCAUUUUCAGGAAACAAAUCAUCACAGUAUUUAUAAAUGAACUUUAUGAUUACUAAAAUUAUGAACAGAAAAUAUCAUAUAUUAGCAUAAUUCAAAGAAAUAUUUUAUUAUUUAGGAUGCUGAAAGUCAGGACCUUCAUGGUGGAUUUCUCUGAAAUGCUGCCAGUUCUACACCAGCCAGACAGACAGCUGUGUGGUCUCCAUGUGUGUGUGAAAGAGUGGUGCUGUGCAGGAGAGUUUUGGAACAAGCCAGGCCUGUGCAAAAGGGACUGGCUCCACUUGAAGCAGGAUGGAAUCAGACUGCUGGUGCCUCAUAUCAAAAAGGUGGCAGAGCAGUUUUUAAGCUGAUAGUGAGGGAAAAGUCGACAGGAGCUGAGGAGUUUCCAGUGCAGAGCAAAUCAUCCCCAUGCAACAAUCUUUUUGUAAACAGCCUUGAAAUAAUUGAUAAAAUAUGGCAUAUAAAUGUGUUAAAUAAAUAAAUAAAACUUACUCUGGAUGUUUACCAAGAAAGCCUCAAAAGACUAGACCAGCUAUAAAACAAGCCUGGAGGAACUUGCCCAUCGCUUCCCUCCAACCCCAAGUUAUAAAAUCCUGGUGACUCUGAUUAAAUUCCCAUUCCCAUAUCUGGAUUAAGCUUUAAUCAAUGUUUCUUUCAUGGCUACAAAACAUCGACAGAAGGAAUGAUUUACAAUGGCACAGAAACCCUCGGGAAGCCUCAGCCACGCUUUUGCCUGCAGAAAAUCUUUCAUAUAGAAAAUGUACUAGUGUACCAUUUCCUUCUGUAUCUUAGGUUUAUAACAUGGCCAUAUUUAGCAUUUGAUACAUGCUCUGCUAUUUCAAUUUCAGGCAAGAACUGAUGCGAGAUUACUUUUUGUUACCAGCCCAGGCCAUGGUCUCUGUGAAGUGCUCCUCAUUCCACCUUGGCUCUCGCUGUGUGCUGAUGGGAGAUGCGGCCCACGCAGUCGUGCCCUUCUAUGGACAAGGCAUGAACGCUGUGAGUCAGAGUGUCACCUCCGCCAUUCCUUUGUCCCUCUCUGUAAUUACAUUACUUGGGGAAUUAAAAAUCCUUUUCUUUUUUAUUUAAAAAGAUUUAAAAUUGCCGUGUAGUGUUUAUUGGCUUUUAGAACUGAAACGCAGAUUUGUCAUGUGUGGCACUUCAGGCUAAUUCUUCCCCAAUUAAAAAAAGUAAAGCAAAAACUGAAGACAAAAUGUCCCAAGCAUACCAAACUAGCAGCUCAGUUUGUUGCACCCCAUUUUUCCUUGUGAAAAGGGCCAGACUUUAGUGAGCGUUCUAUUAGAGGAAUCUAAUACAACAUCACACGCUAAAAACUUCCCUUCAGAUGUCUUUUGAAAAUCACAGAGCUGUUUAUGUGUUUGACAUCUGCUCCCUGUGGUCUUCCUUUGGCCUUGUGGGUGGCUCAAGCAGUCCGGUUGUCCACAGCGAGAAGAGUCUUGUGGAUUACAUACUGGAUCUGGACUGGAUGAUCAGUUAUGUUAGUGCAUUUUGUAAUUUUAUAAGGUUUGUGACUUUGUUGCUCGGUUCAAUAUUUUCCCAUUUUUUUAGGAAUUGUGAUAUUUUAUAUAUUGUGACGCUGCUGUUAUUUUUGUUGAUUAUAGUCUAGUCAUGAUUUGUUGUAAUUGCCAAGUGAAUUUCUGUUUAAUUAUUAUAUAUUGAUAUUUUGAAUGUUAAUUUUGUUGUAUAAUAUCCUAAAUGCAUUAUUGGCUAUUACUUUAUUUUAUAUAAGCUGUUUAUUUUAAAGCUGUAUCUUUUGUUAUAACAUUUGCAUUGGAUUGAGAUUGUUAUAAGAUGCAUGAUAUUUUUGGGGGGUGUACAUAUAUACAGCUUUAUGUAUAGCAAUAUAGAAAGAUGGUUUCUUAAAAGUGAAAUGAACAUGAAAUGAAAUAUGCUGGCUGGCAGCUGCUUUCCAGGUUUUCUGGAGAUGCUGGGGUUUGACUCUGGGACCUUCUGAAUUCAAAGCAUCUGAUCCAGCCCACAGGUCCUAUCCUAAGCUGUUUUUUCCCCUUGUACUCCUCCUUCAGGGAUUUGAAGACUGUCUGGUUUUUGAUGAGUUAAUGAACCAGUUCCAAAAUGAUAUAUGUGAGUAUAUGUUUCUGUCACGAAAGACCAUAUUCCUCAUGAGCCUGAAUGAAAGCUGCUGCUGUAAGAGUCAUUCCAGCUUGUUAGCCCUCUUCUCAAACAUUCUCUUCUUCACAUCCUCCCUGCCACCCCGAGAAACACAGUUGCUCUGAUGGCCUCCUGAACCCGAGGAAGUUGGUUACAGAAAACCUCCACCAAGCAGGUGCUUCCUCUUGCUAGGAUUCAAAGCUGCCCCCAAUAUUGCUACAUGGCACCCCAAUCUCCACAGCAAGGCGAGAGUCCAGGGAGUUCCGGGUGCCCUUUGUUACCAGGAUCUGUGUUUCCUUUAGGAAAUGAGGCACAGCAGAGAAUACCCAGAUGGUAGAAGAUGGCGGCUGUAACAACUUCUCCUUCGUGAACCCUCCGGAUUACAAACCUUUUAUAGCCUUUUAUAGCCUUUUACUGCCGUUUUUAUAGUUGUUUUAUUAGACUUUUAAAUUAUUUUACUUCUGUUAGAAGUUUUUAAUCGUUUUACUUCUACGGUUGGCCUGUUGGUGCCAAUAUACGUAUCAACAAGGAUAUUCAAACCCUCUGCUGAGAAAGCCUGUCGCUGAUUAGUAACGCCGCCUUGAAGACUGGGCUAUGUUGAGAAGUGGAGGAGGAGUAGCAGAGGAGUUGCGCCCAUAAAAGAUAAGUUCUCUCUUUUAUCUCCGUUUAUCUCUACUUUGAACCUCCGUAGUUAGUGAGACAGCGACAAAUGGGUCAUGGCAAGCGACCAAGAUCUGCUGAGAAAGGUUGCUCACCUCCAAGAGUAAAGCAGUCGAAGCUUGAAUCUCCCCACCAUCUACUAACAAUAACAGCAAAACAGAGCAAGUAAUUGUUUCUGCGGUCGAAACAUACAACCGCUUUUGGCCUCUGUAUGAUCAAGGAGAGCCGGAAAAGCUAGCUGAUCCAGCGGGGGACGGAAGCCAUAGGGAAGCCCUCCUCCCUGAUACCCUAAUUACACCUCCGUCAUUGAAACAGGACGCAUUAGGGCAAACUGCCCAUGAAUUAGUACCUGAUCAAAUACAACUGGUAAUCAGGACUUUAAGCUUCAUUUUCAAGGAAUUGGAGGGAUUUCUUUGACAUUGAAUAAACUUUCACGGGCCCUUCUGGCUCAUCUACCUUCCUCAACUGAGCUAUCUAAUUUGCAUCAAUCUCCUGUGCAGCUUGUAAGUGCCUUAAAGAGACAACCUGACCAGAAAUUUCACCUUAAGAGCUCAAGAUGCAGGCCGCCACUGCCCCAAAGGAAUAGGCAAUCCUUGAUUUUUCAACCUAAUAAAAUAUGUCUAGCCAUUUUUUCCCGUGACGCCCCCAGACUUAGGUGGAAUAACCUGAGGAUGGCUAAAGGGUACCUACGUGAUUUGUUAAAUAUUCCUUUUUUCAGAUAGAUCUUAUAUCUGUAGUACCCCUAAUUGCCACGCCCUGGCCAAGGAAAUUUAUGCUCUCCUUCCAGUCUGCAAGGAUCCCACAUCUCCUUGCAAGAGAGAAAGAUCGGCUGGCACCCUGGGAGAUUGUAACAACAAGAGUCUUUAAGGACACGAGUGUUAAACCUCUUUUUGCCAACAUCUUAACCGGCAAUGAACGCUCGUUUCCUCCUUCUGUUCCUAUAAUAAAGGGAAAACACCUAGCUGGGUACCCCCUGCUCCAUCUGCGACCUCAAGUGCCCAUCUAGCUACACUGAGGAAUGAUCCAAUUGCAAGCGGAGAUUGGAAUAUCCCUGAAGAGAGAAAUCUUAUCUUCUCCUAUGGAAAACUCCCUUCAGAAGAACAGCAGGCUAUUCUCGAUAGAUUGGAUCUACUCAAACAAAGACUCCUAUCGCAAGGGGACCCCUCUAUGCCGAUGAGAGAGGAGAGCAGGCACUCCACGUCCCACAAGGCGUCUCCAUCAAAUGCCCUGAUAAUCUCUCAACCUGCUACUUUGUUACCCCCUACUGAUCUGAAUCAGCAAUCACCUGUUGACCAACAGCUCCAACAGCACCAUUCUACCGUGGAGGAAGUUGAUAAACUCAAUACUCCCGUCUUAGACCUUAUGUCCAAUCAAAAUAUGGAAGUUGACGAUUCCUUUGCCUCAAUGCCUGAGCUAGAAUCUACCCUGUCUGAAGAUCACCAGGAAAUGACUAUGCAUGUACCAUCUCCGCGUUCACGUCCUUCUAUACAUCUGCGUGAUAAUUCUUCUCCAGCUGCGCAGCAACUACAAGUGAUGACUGGAACACCUCCUAGUGCUACCCUGGUUAAGACUGAUAACUCUGAUGGAUCUACUAGUAUAGCCCAUCAAAGACUUGCUACUACUCACCUCAAUGAACAGCAUCCGACCUCACCAAUUUUGCCUAAUUCUUCCUCCCCGGCAAAGCCCUUCCUGCCUGUUAAUGUUACCAAAUCACGGAUUCAAUCAACACAGAAGAAGACUUUAUCCGCACAAACUAAAAUUACUGAUUUCCUUAUGGGUCCUCGCUCUACCUCCAAGAACCCAUUAAACAACUCAAAGUGACAAUUACCGGGACAGCACAAGGACCCGACAUUAUCAAUACUUAGCUGGAACAUUGCUGGUUGGAGAACCAAAAAAUCAGACCCCGAAUUCAGGAAGUACAUAAAUUCAUUUAACAUCAUCCUAUUCCAAGAAACAUGGGAUGAGGAAGAGAUUACCAUAGACGGCUUUGAUCUUCUAACACUUCCGGCCUCCCCUUCCUUGAAAGGUGGUCGCCCCAAAGGGGGGUCUUUUGAUUGGGAUUUCACUCCAACUUCGCGCCAAAUUCACCCUGGUACGGGCUUCCCCGCCUUUUGCUCUUUCUGGACUGAUCGCAGAAGGGAAGUCCUCAUUACUAAUUACUAAUGGUUAUCUCCCCCCCCGAAGGCUCAGCACCUGAUCUUGAUUGGAGAUGGGAAUCAUUUGAAAAUCACCUAUUGUCAUGUCAUACCAAAUGCCCUAACUCGUACUCCUUAAUUGGGGGAGACUUUAAUGCUCGAAUUGCCACAAAUUGGGACCUACUAAUCAAGUCCAAAUGGUGGACUCCCCAUGUUUGGGCAACUUUGACUUGGAACAUGCUAGAAUUAGAACUUCAAAGGACAACAGAGUAAACAAAGCUGGAGUGACCCUUUACCAAAUGGCCAUUCGCCUGAAUCUAGUAUUCUUGAACGGCACCUUCCCCCGAUAUACCGGGGAGUUCACUCACCUGGGACCAGCAUCUAACAGUGUUAUCGAUUACCUCUUGAUCUCCGCAAAUUUGGCCGUCAAUGUACUUUCCUUCCAAGUUGAAAACCAACAUUUCAGUGAUCACCUCCCAAUAGUGACCACUUUGUCAUUGUUCCGGUACCAGAAGGACUAUAAACACUCAGUCCCUCUGGAAACCUCAUCAGCGACCAAAAUAAGUGGGAUCAAAUGGUCGGAGGCUGUGGCCCAAAAAUACCAGGAUUUUUCCAUAGGGAAAUCACUGCCUAUCUACCUCAAAUAGCUACUGAUUUACAAGAUUCCAAUUCGGUUUUGAAAUUUUUAACCUUCUUACAACAAACCUUACCACUUUUUUACAUUACCUCCUCAAAAGGCGAAAGUAGCGCAUUGCAGUGCUGGGGCCCCUUGGUUUAAUACCUCUUGCAAACAAGCAAGAUCCCUUCUUCGUUCCAUCUAUAAUGAAUACAAAAACUCUAAUGCCCAGGCUCUACCAUCCUCCUAUUUACAAGCCAAAAGAGCAUACAAACAGACUUUAAAGCUGGCCAAACGUGAGUGGUAUCUAAAGCGUUGGCGAGCCUUGAUUGCGGCCUCUAGAUCCCGCAGACCACAGGAAUUUUGGGCUUUGAUAAACAAAAGAGGAAGGAAGUACCCACUGACGAUUAUCCCUGCGCCCACAUGGGAACAAUUCUUGAGCAAAUAUUUCUCCUUGGCAGAGGAAUCCAACUCAUCCACUGAAUUCCGAGCCGACCAUCUACCUUUGUGGCCCUCUACCGACCCAGACCUGAUAAUGGACUUGAUAUUAGAUCUGAAAACGGGCAAAGCCCCCGGGCUGGAUCUAGUCCCUGCUGAGGCUAUUGUUGCGCAACCAAGGUGGUGGGCUGAAAUCCUGGCCAAAGUCUUUGAUGCAAUUAAUUCUACGGGGCUUAUCCCUAGGUCAUGGAAGGAGGCCGUGAUCGUGCCAGUCCAUAAAAGGGUCCCCCUGCUGACCCGGAGAACUAUCGGAACAUCAGCCUUUUGUCUAUCAUCGGGAAAAUCUAUGCAAAAUUUUUGCUGUCCAAGCUGUCCAAUUGGGCAAACGACUCAAAUUUGAUUGGCCACGAGCAAGCGGGCUUUAGGAACAAUUAUUCGACCACUGACCAUAUGGUAAUCAUGUAUCAUCUUGCCAGAAAAUAUUCUGCCCCGAGUCGGGGGGCGCCUAUGUGUCGCUUUCAUAGACCUAAAGGCCGCCUUCGACAGUAUCCCAAGAAACUGUCUAUGGAAGAAAUUAGAGAGAUGGGGCAUAGAUAGAAGGCUGUUAUGGCUUAUAACCCAAUUACACCAUGGGUCGUCGGCUAGAGUGAGACUCACACCGGCGGGAAACCUAUCCAACGAGGUCCCAAUAAAUAGAGGUGUGCGCCAAGGUUGCAUUUUGGCCCCACUCCUCUUCAACUUGUUUAUUAGCGAUAUGAAGCUCUUUCUGAAUGAGUCUCAAGCCAACAUUCAUGCCCCCGCCUAGCUGAUUUUCGCUGCCCUCUGCUCUUAUAUGCCGACGAUGCAGCGAUCCUUUCCUACUCUAGAGUCGGUUUAUGCAGAGCUCUAAAGAUUUUUGCGGCUUAUUGCAAACUCAACCAUCUGACAAUUAAUCAUGGGAAAUCUAAAGUCCUGGUCUUUACCAGGUCUCGGAAAACUUACAGCUGGAAGUUAGAUGGAGUCCAAUUAGAACAAGUUUUCAAAUUUAAAUACCUGGGAGUCUUUUUUCACUACAACCUAAGCUGGAAGCCACAGAUACAGUAUUUACUAAACAAAGGGAAAACAAUACUUUAUACUCUACUCCAAUUUUUUGCGGCCGACGGAGCCUCCCACAUCCCUUCUGCAUUGAAGGUGUACCAUGCAAAAGUGGUUUCCACCCUCUGUUAUGCUGCCUCGCUCUGGGCCCCAGGGUCCAAUUUAACAUCGUUGGGGACAUUGCAGAAUCAGUUUCUCCGUCGCCUCCUGAAACUCCCCAUGUGUGUGAGCAACGCAGCCAUACGUCUGGAGUUAAGGAUUGCAUCAUUGGAGACGGUCAUCUGGAAGCGAGUCUUUGGUUAUUGGCUGUCCAGCUGGCACAGGCUUCCCAACCAUUACCUUUUCCAGUGCCUCUGGCGGGACGACUUUGUCAAUCCGUGGGUAGGAAAAAUCCAUGCCAAACUUCUGAGCAUCGGAAUUUCCCCAGCGGACUCCUUAAAGAUGAACUUACGCUCAGCCAAAAGACUUAUCGAGCAGAGAUUAGCAGACAUUGAAAAUCAACUCAACCUCGCCGGGGGUGAGGGUGUCUGCUCCCCCAGGUAUCACGGAAUAACCUCACCACUUGGCCUUCCAUCAUACAUGUCAUCUCUUUCAUCUGUACCACACCGACAUGCAUUUAUUCGUGCAAGGUUCAAUGUCUUUCCAUCGAACCUGCUGAGCCACAGAUUUUCCAAGGGUUUGGUGUCUCCGCUAUGCGUGUGUGACGGGAAAACUGUUGAUUCUCUCUCACAUAUAAUGUUCAACUGCCCCCUACAUAGCAUAGCCAGGACUAAAUUCCUGGGCCCUGCUCUACUGCGCUUGGUUGGCAGGCCUGCUGAGUCACAUGCCGCACUACUUUUGCAGGAUACAGAUCCUUCUGUAACUCUGCAGGUGGCGAGAUUCCUGAAUGCAGUUAUCUCACACACAAAAACCACCAAAAACAACAACAUCAAAAACUAAUCGGACAGUUUUGAAGAGAGUGCAUGUCGGAUCUCGUCUUCAGUUCUCCUUUUCUGGGAUCCGUCCCUUGGAGCUCUCCGGGCCCCAAGCUGUUAUCUGGCUCUGCUCAAUGACCCACCCCUGCAUCAUGGUGUUCACCUUCUGGUGCCGAAUAUAUUAGUCUUUAUGCCUCUGUGCUUUUAUGUUUGUACAUACUUUAUGGGCUAAUAGCCGUAAAUAAAUAAAUAAUAAUAAUACCCAGCUGGGUAGGAGUGGAGGCACCAUAAGAUGGCGUCCCCAAACCCUUUACCAGUUGGACUCCUCAGAAGGAUAUCAGGGUUGACAGUUAUUAGCUUCUUGGGCAAAUUAUCUGUCUUUCCCCCUUACCACAUGCACAACCUUCCUCUUCCAGGACCAUCCUGUCCCCUCCUCCUCUGCUGUGCCUCUUGCUUCAUCCACUUUCACAUCUCCCAUUGCUCCCACAGUCCUUACCUACCUCCAAGUUUAUCAGUCAUUUUCUAAGAAUGCCUCCGAGUCUGAGUCAACAUAGCACCCAAAAGCAUUCUGGGGAAAUAAAGAUGGAGGGUAACUCUUUGAUAUACUUUGUGGGAUGCUGGAGCCAAUGGGAUGGCUAUGUCCUUGUGAUGCUAGGCAGGCACAAAGAGUUGUGUGAAGCAGCCUCGACUCCUCAUUUUUUCUCUCUUUCCUGGCGCAACAGUCAUUCCUCCUGGCUUUCCAUUUUUGUCAGAUAAGUCUAUCUUGUUUCUUCUCUAAAUCCCUGUCAUUAACAAACCAAAAAACAAAACAAAACCUCUCCUCAAACCCCAUUCCUGCUUUCUUCUGAUCAGCAUUAUUAUCUUUGCCCUGCUUUGAGGUGAUGGCUGCCAUUCUGCAAAUUUCCUGGGUUCCUGUGAACGUUUCAUUCUUCCUUUCCUUCUUUUCCAGCCUCUCUCUCAGGCAUGAGGCAGCUUUGUUUGUUUCACAGCUUUACUGAUUGCAAAGAUGAGGAAUGCUCUUUAUUCCUGCAGUGUUUUGGCGGCUUUUUGCAAACGCCACUGGUUUUUCCCCCCAGGGUUUCUUCCUGUCCUUUUUUCUGUUUAGUUUGUGGAUUUAAGGGAUUUGUUUUCUCUUCUGGCAGUUUGUUUCUCUUGCUUUCUGUGUUGCUUUGGCACGCAACAGGGGCAAACGGAGUGGAGCCUCUACAUUUAUAAUUUAACCUAAGGUUACCAGAUUUUUUUCAAUGAAUCCGGGGACAAUUUUCAACUUCAAUGGAUUUUGUAUGGGGCCUGAUUUGUAAAUCCAGGGACUGUCCCUGGGAAACGGGGACAUCUGGUAACCUUAAUUUAACCUCUUGACGGGCACUUGUGUGUAUCUGAGGCAGUUGGACUUGGCCUAUUUUCUCCUGGUCCACGGUGUGGCAAAAGGAGAUUCAGCAUCCUGCCAAUCCUCCUCCCGGUCCAUGGUGGCAAACAGAGUUGAGAGCUUAGAUUUUGCAGUCCAGGGCUGUGGCUGUGUAGGGUGUCUGUCUCUUUGUCUUGUGUUUCUCUGACUAUUAUGGAGCCAGCCCGGGCUGUGGCUGAGCCACCUCUUAAGAAAAUGAUACAAAGCUGAAGCACUUGUUGCCCUCUAAAGGGCCUGCUGUUUAGUCGUGUCCAACUUCGUGACCCCAUGGACCAGAGCACGCCAGGCACUCCUGUCUUCCACUGCCUCACGCACACGCACCAAGUCUGCUCCUCCUGUCCACCCCAGGAAGCGUCUUUCUUCCAUUAUUGUUCUUCAAUCUAAAGUUUCAGAGACAGAGGAGUCAGCUGGUUUAAAUGAUUUCACCCAUUUGAAUGCCAAGGAUGCACUGCCACCUACUGGUCAUCCUCAGGUUGACACAUUAUCUGAAUCUGAACCUGACUUUUAUGUUCUUCUGAUGAUCAGGGACAUGAGGUUCAGACCGUCCCUCCCACCAAUCGGGUUGCCUCUGCCUCUGUCCCUCAAACUUUUCCAGCCCCGCUUAUUGAACAAUUUAAAGAAGCUAUAAUUGCUUCACACUUACAACUGCAGAACGAAGAAAUUUGUUAAACCUAAGAAGGCUGCCCCUUUCUCAUCCCAGAGGGCUCAGGUUCAUUUGGAUAUAAAGGACCCCCCCCCCUUCACAUCCAUAGGUGAUGAUGAGAAUGUGGAUAUUCCCUUGGUUUCCUCCCCAACCCUUUUCCGGGAAGGGGAGCUGGAUGAUAACUGGAGUGAAGGAUCUUUGCAAGAUGAAGCUUCUUUCAGGAGAAAGGUUGUUUUCUGCUGCUCCAGAGAAGCGGACACGGAGCAAUGGAUCCAAACUACAAGAAAGAAGAUUCCACCUAAACAUUAGGAAGAACUUCCUGACAGUAAGAGCUGUUCGACAGUGGAAUUUGCUGCCAAGGAGUGUGGUGAAGUCUCCUUCUUUGGAGGUCUUUAAGCAGAGGCUUGACAACCAUAUGUCAGGAGUGCUCUGAUGGUGUUUCCUGCUUGGCAGGGGGUUGGACUCGAUGGCCCUUGUGGUCUCUUCCAACUCUAUGAUUCUAUGAUUCUAUGAUCUAUGAGGCUGUUUCAGGAGGCCAGCGCCCCCAUCCUGGAGCGUGAGAUAAUGCAUGCCUUAGAAUUACCGGUAACUGCUCAACCUGACAAAUCAACCACUGAACCAGAGAGUGAUGUGUUAACUAAUAGCUGUACCCCAGCCAACUAUUGCUUAAGGCAAUAGUUAAAUCUCAGCUAAGAAAUUACAGUAUAUGUCUUGGAUCUGGAAUUCAUGGCAUAUAUUCUAUAGACAGAUCAGUUUUAAAUCUGUCAUCGUGACAUCUGGUCCCCAAGGAAGGAAAUACUCAACUUUGGGACACUACUGAUAGGAGAAUUGAUUUUGCGUAAGGCCAUGACGCAGUGGUCCUCUCUAUGAGAGUGCCUGGGUAGCAUCCUCAUGUGCUUGAACAUGUAUUGUUUGGCUUGAGGAUUUAUUGCAAUCUCCUCAAAAUCCAGCUUGACAGCACCAGAUUCUUACCAAACUCCUUUAAGCUUUUAUGGCACAUGUCUCCAUGGACCCCCUGCAGUUUGCAGCUAGAGCAAUGGCAUCCCAGGUAGCUGCUAGACGCUCCCUGUGGCUAAAGUCCUGGAACGCUGAGGCUGCCUCUAAAGUAAACCUUUCCAUUGAACCUUUCAGUCAGUUUUCAGAGAAGGGAUGUUGAAAGAAGUAUUUAUAGAAUCAAAGAUAAGAGAAAAAUAUUGUUUCUUCCAAUACCAAAGCCACAAAAUAGCGAACCCAAGGAUGGGUCCACACCCAGGGUGGGGGGUGGUUGGCGUCUGACUGCUUUCCUUCCUGCCUGGCAGAUGUCAGUAUCUGAUUGCUGGGUUUUAGGAAUUAUUUCACAAGGUUAUUUCAUAAAAUUAAUUUCCAUUACCCCCUCACAUUCAUUCCCUCACCCUUGCCAAGAAACAAAGUACAUUUGCAAGCUGUUUAGACUUGUGUUUGCCAUCUUCUGUCUGUGGGAACUGUUGUUUUCAGUGGUCUGUGUUUGCCUGAGCUUGAGUCUGGACUAAGGAUUCUGAGCUCCUGUGUUCUGAUUCGAUACAUGAUGUCCAAUCACAGAACAAUUCAGGAUUUAGGCCUCUGCCAUUGGCUCUUGAACUCUGAGUCAUGAUUCGCAGCUUGGAAGUUUAGACAGCCAGUCACGUUGGGAGUGGGAGUGGCCCAGGCUUUCAGGAAUGUAUAUAAGCAGUUGCUUUGCCUGUUUCCCAGUUAUGUAGUUCAAUAAAGGUUAUUUCUGUUAUCGCAAUGUCUUGCCUUGUGGGAACGCACCUACACUUUAGGAGCCACAACGCCUGUUCCCUCAGAUCACCGCUUUUGCGGCUUCUAAUCCGUAUUUUUGGUUGUGCCAAAAAACCCUUGCCUUUCCUUGCCUUUCAGAUAUCUAGCACAUUUCUUUCUUUACAUUUUCAAGCCAUGGAGAGAGGAAGUAGGCAGACCUUUUUAUUUCAGUGAGCCUGCUUCACACAAUUCUUUGCUCCUGCCUAGCGUCACGUGAUGAGGACAUAGCCCAUUCCAUUGUCUAGAAAUAAUAAUAAUUUGCAGUCUAAAUUGAAGCCAUUAGUAACUGCACCUGCUGUGCUGAGUGACAAACCAAGGCUUACCUUCAGUGUAAUGAGUGAAAUGACCUUGUUUCUUCCCCAGGUAUUUGUCUCCCAGAGUUCUCAAAGCUGAGAGUACCUGAUGAUCAUGCAAUUUCAGAUUUAGCUAUGUAUAAUUAUAUAGAGGUAAGUUACAUAUAGUUAAAUAGAGAGUGGGUGGCAGCUGAACGAUGAGAGAUGUUUUCAGAUGUUUCUCUUGGUUGUUUCAGAUGCGGGAGCAUGUCAAUUCAAAGUGGUUCAUUUUCCGAAAGCACAUUGACAACGUUCUUCACGCCCUCUUCCCCUCCACUAUCAUCCCUCUGUACACCAUGGUAAGACCAGCAAUAGCUAUAUUGCAGGGUUUCCCUUGUUUUCUUCAUUCCCGGCUGCCAUCCCCUCCACUUUCAGUGAUUAUCUGUAUGAUUUCGUAAUCUGAUGCAGGUCACAUUCUCCAGAAUUCGAUACCAUGAAGCUGUGCAAAGAUGGAAAUGGCAGAAUAAGGUCAGUGGCAUCUUAGAUGAAUUUGUUUGGGCUGGGAGCAUAUUGUAUUAUGGGUGAUAUAGCCAUGGGCGUAGCCAGGAUUUUUGUAUGGGGGGGGGAGGACAGGACUUGCUUAGGAGUGGCAGAACCAACGUGAUUGGUCAGUUAGUUAUUUCUAUUGUUUUACUUGGUCUGGGGGAGCAGCUGCCCCCUUGCCCCCCUCCCGGCUACGCCCAUGGAUAUAGCCAACAAAGUCCUACUCAGAGUAGAUCCUAUAAUGGAAAGGGGAGAUUAAACACCUUUUACUCCCUUUGAUAACUGCCCAUCUAGGUAGGCCAGUCAUGCCAGAGGCUUCCACAUAGUCUGCCACCACACUUCCAUUUGGUUCCCUCUAACCGUGGAUGACAGGGCUUUCCUGGGAUCCAAGGUACAUGUAUACAAGAAGCAGAGAGAGCAGUUUACCUCUCUCCCCAGAGACCAAAAUAACGUCCUUUUGUCUGUCAAACUUAUACACACACAGCAUAAACCAAGUGACGAGUCACAUAAGAGUUUGGAAUAAAAUACAACCAAAUGCACUCCUAAUGGAGUUAAGAAAGAAAGGAAGAGAAAAAACAGAAGAGACAGAAUGUUGCUCAAAAAAGAAAAGAAAAAAGGAACCUGUGUUUUAUUUGGCUUUAUCUAGCUCUGUUUAUAUGGGUUUUAUGCUCAGAUAUUAGUAUCUGUUUAACAAAAGGCAGUGUACAUUUAAAAUAAUGGGCUGAAUCCAAUUUAUUCAUAAAUACCAUUGAUUUCAAUGGGUUUACUCUGAGUAUGAUUAUGUCUGGAGCCCAUUGUGAUUUUAGAAUGGUUUUUAAUAUAUGAUUUAUUAAAUUCAAUAUGGAGUGAUAUGUUAUGCAUACCUUAAAGCAACUUGUGCAUUGUCUUUUGCAUACAAAUAUUAUAAAUCUUUUAUUGUGAUCCUUUAAAGAUUCUAAAAUUUAUUUUGAAUGGUAUCUUAUGUAGUUAGCGGAAUAGUCCAAAAGAUUUAACUAUAGACUAGUAAAAAUAUUGCAAACUAUUUCCUCCUGCAACAUUUUCUGACUCAAAUUGGAUUUCUUCUUAAAAGGUAAUUAAUAGAGGCCUCUUUCUCACUGUGGCUGUGACAGCAGUAAGUGGCAUCUAUCUGCUCAGAAAUGGUAUUAAGCUACAAAUUGACGUAUGUGCAGAGAACCUGUGGAAAUGGACACUCAGCCUCAGAAAAUUUGGAAAUGUACCACUGGUUACCGAAUAGUGUUAAAAGCAAGAGAGAGAAAGAGAUGUAUUCAGUGUUUUAAAUUCACCUCUGAUUGGAAAGGCAGAACGUCAAAGUAUUCCCAAAGGACUAAUUGUGCUAUAUGGUGCUGGAUCCAAGUGUUAGAAGGCAAUCCAUAUGGAACCCAACAAGACACUUGAGUGCCCUGCUGUCAUCUUCCUAAAGAAAUGGUAUGCGUCCCUCAAGAGCCUGAGGGCCUGUAAGCUGUUUUUCCAUACUUCCCCAAAUACCAGCAUCAGCUUUUACACACAAGAGGACAUGUAUAAAUUAACUGCAUUUUGCGAGUUUCAGAAAAGUUAUGAGCUUCACUGAACUUGCAAUAGAUCUGUAUCCAAUUUUUUUAAAGUGUCAACCACUUUUCCAGUUUCUUAAGUGAACUAUUGAACUACAAUGUCAACGAGAAACAGAAUCAGCAAUAAAGUUGGCAUAGAAAAUUC